UCGUCACUCAGCACCACCAGCGCGGCGGGCACCAUAUUGAAUGAUGCCUGAGUUUCAAGGCCGCAAGCGUUCCAGACGGGCAUGCGAGACAUGCCGGGAACUCAAACGCAAGUGCGAUGGCGCACAGCCCUGUGGGACAUGCGUACGGUUCGAGUAUGACUGCAUCUUUUCCAGGACUCCCGGCCGCCGGAGCCGAAGGACCACCGAGCUGCCUGUGGGCUUGCCGUCGGCGCCCAUUGAACCGAGUCCCAUCAGUCCCGUGGUCGACAGCUCGCAUUCGAUGCAGACUCUAUCCAGUCGCCUGCGCUCUCUAGAGGCAAACUCCGGUGCCGCGUUUCUCAGAAGACUUGCUCUGAGGAUAGACGCGAAUAAUGCCCCGCGCAUGCACGCCUUUGCCUGGAACGCAUUUCUUGGUACCCGUUCUAUCGUGCAUGCUCCAAUGUCGCGUCCCAUCUUCGACAUGAUCUCCGAGGGCCAAAUGCAAGAUCUGGCCAAUGUCUACUUCGAAAGGGUUGAUCCUAUCUACGGUUUCACCAAUCGCCAAGACCUCAACAGACAGAUCCGUAUGAGGUGGGCAAAUCGGGCUUCUGUGCACUUGGAAGACGCUGUUUUGUGUGGCAUAGCAGCUCUUGGGUACUUAUUUACACACGUCCAUCCAGAGCCAUUAGAGCUAGAUUUGGCGGAGUCGGCGAGAUCUCUCCUCGAGCCAAGGACCUUCGAUCUUCCAUCUGCCAUGAGUAUCACAGCAUGGCUCCUACGAGUGACAUAUCUGAGGCUUACUGAUACUCCUCACAAGACUUGGCUUGCAAGCUGUAUCUUGAUGCACAUGGUCGAGGCUGCCGGGUUGCACUAUGAGCGUGCCCAAGAAUCUAUCCUUCACCCAUCAAGGGAUGAACUCAACCCGGAAAUUCGCAAAAGGCUUGUCGCAGUUGCGCAACAUCUGAACACGUGGGCUUCUUUUGACAUGGGGCGCUCGAGGAUCACUCUUGGCAACACGCCGUACACAUUCGUGCCCGCACCCCCCGGGGACAAUACUGUGGAAAUACUGGAGCUUUUGCCAUAUUCCUCGAUUUUGGACCCCGAGAGAGCAUCGGAUGUGUCCGAACUAGAGGCAGCCUUGACCGCGGUUCUUCAGCGAACUCACACGCUGUACCCAUCGAUUCUGGCUCAGUGCAAUCUGAUGCUCUGCCUUUGUCGUCGCCUUCAGUCACUGAACAUGGCUUUCACGGGUCCAAUUCUUGAUCAGAUACUUUCACUGAGCUCCAAAGGCACCCAAGCUGCCCAGGCUAUAGUAGACGCCCGGUCACCAUGGCACCAUAUGAUCAAUGUCCCCUUCCAAGUGAUAUGCGUAUUGCUUGCCAUAGACACACUGGCUUCCACAUCGCAGCUCAAGGGAGCAUUGAGAUGCCUCAGAAGUGUGGCUGAAACAUAUAAUACCGAUGCAACCCAGGAAGCUUUGAGGACCGCUUCCUUGUUACUUUCGAUACACCAGAAGUGGAAUGAAAAGUGUGCUUCAAAUCUGGGUGAUGUUCUUCGCGAAUAUCCGGUCACAUCAGGCAUGGAGAGCCAAACCAACCCGUCUCAGAUAGUGGACGAUACGACCUGGCUUGAUGACCUUUUGGGGGAUCUAUCGACCGUCCAGCAAUCUGACCUCGACCGUUUACUCAAUCCAGGACCAUUUUGGGAGUUUGACGGCAACGGAUUAUAGCUGCCGAGCAUUGCUAACAAACAACGGAAAAUGAGGUUAUAGGUUUCAAUUAUUAUGUCAAAUCUUCUAUGCAAGACCCCAGUUGUCGAGUGCAUCUGAGCUAAUCUGCACGCAUCUGACUUGGGCGUUACCGAAGCACUUCCUUCUCGACUGCCACCUUAUGAUACAUUUCCGGCUUGCCUGAAAAAAGCGGAGCAUCGCUUCGAGACCCUAUACCUCCGGCUCCACGGACCCCUGCAG